AUUGUAGAUGUUUUCAAAGCAAGAGAAUCGACGACUGGCAAAACGAGAGCUGUUGGUUGAGUGUUCGAUAAACAGCUUUCGCAGCAGCAUGCAGAUUGCUGAAGUGGGCUUUUAAGGUGAACCCAUUCAUCGUCCAUUUGAGCUUUCAGUUCUGGUGGUAAUGGAGAACCAGACCACGAUGGUCUUGAGACCUGAGAGUGGAAAUAUCGUUUCCCCUAGCCCUGCUGCCAGUGCACCAACGUUUUUUGUUAUUCUGAAGCAAGGUCAGACAGGGGAGGAUGGAAAUGAUCAGCAGGGUAUUUUGGUGGCCAAUCAGGAACUGAAUCUACCUGUAAAUGCAGCGACAUGUCUAUCAAACACUUCUCUUCCAAUGCUUAUCACUCCUAAGGUUCCUUCACCAGAAAAAACUGUUUCUUCUGUAAAAAGCACAGUGGACAAUCUUUCAGCAGUAUGUUCCUGCAAAGGGGUGCGGGUCACCCUGGAUAAUAACAAUAUGUGGAAUGAGUUUUAUAGAUGCAACACUGAAAUGAUACUCACAAAACAAGGUCGUCGUAUGUUUCCUUACUGCCGUUUCCGCAUUUCUGGCUUGGAGCACUUCCAACGGUAUAUUUUGGUAAUGGAUAUCAAUCCUGUGGAUAAUGCCCGUUAUAAAUGGAAUGGACAAUUCUGGGAGGCAUGUGACAAAGCAGAACCUCACAUUCUGGGUCGGGUUUUUAUCCAUCCGGAAUCUCCAUCCUCUGGACACUAUUGGAUGCAACAGCCGGUCUCCUUUUACAAACUAAAGCUCACAAACAACCCCCUAGAUCCUGAUGGCCAUAUCAUCUUGCAUUCUAUGCACCGUUACCUCCCCAGGCUACAUAUUGUACCUGCAGAUAAAACAACAGAGGUCAUCCAGCUGAGUGGACCUGAAGUGAUGACUUUCACUUUUCCUCAAACUGAGUUUUUUGCUGUCACUGCAUAUCAGAAUUUGCGUAUUACUCAGUUAAAGAUUGACUACAAUCCCUUUGCCAAGGGCUUCAGGGAGGAAGGCCAGUGUUGCCGGCCAUCAAAACCCAAACUAGAGUCGUCUAGCGAUUUGGAAGGUUCAGAAGCCAAGUCUGUAUUGUCUGCAAUUGAUCUCAGUAAGUCUGGCACUAAAGUCAAUGUGGAUGGUGUAAAAUUGCCCUUGAAGACACUGAAGUCCUUGUUCCAAGCAAAUGAGCCUCCAGAUGAAUUGUUGGAUCAAGAGUUUUUCAGUAAUAAGGAUUAUGAUAUUGGUUUAAUGGAGAAUAACCCCUUAUUUAACACUAGACAUGAAACUGAAAACAAGUCUUCCUGCAAUACUAUGAAAUGUGCAUAUAUUACAGACACUACAUCAACAACCGAGUUCAAAGAUAAUGAUGUGAGGAUUAAAGAGGAGCCAUUUGAUGAUUAUGACUAUUGUACAGGAUCUGUGUUGGACUGUGUUGACGGGGUUAUUGACAGUCAUGGUAGCCUAAAGGAGAAAGAACUUUUAAAUGCACAACAAAAGUAUGGACCUACUGGGGUUGCCAAGGCCAAAAUGAUAAAACAGGAGAGUGGGAAAAAACCUCUUGUCUUGUUUGGGCUUUCUUCUCCGUCCAAAUCUACUCGGAUUUCUCCUGAAACAUCAAAUCCUGAUAUUUCUCCCUUAACAUUUGCAAAGACACAGAACAGUAGUUAUACACCUGCUGAUGUGAUGCCUAAUAUUGUGCUGACUUCACAAUCUUCACGUGGAAAAUCAUUAAAGACUGCUGUUUUCAAACUACCAGUGAAUCAUCAAAAACCACAGAUUAAAAGGGAAUGUACCAUUUCUAACCUUAGGGCUAUUGCUCCCAAGCCAGAUUCUAUGAUGAACACAGAACCCUCACCUAGCAAUGCCAAAUUGGUUUCCUGUUCUAAUGGUCUUUCAGCAGAAGACACCUGGAAGAAAUCUCGCUACCUCAGCAAUAAAAUGACAAAAUGUUCCUCUGCAUUGAAAACUGAAUCACCUACUAUUCAUACCUUUAAAAAAAGACGUUCACGAAAAGUGAGGUUCGGAAAGGGGAGGUCCUACAGAAAGAUUGCAAUAAGCAGUGCAGCUUCAGCAAUGGAAAUAACUCCUGAUACAACCAUGCAGCCAGACUUGGAGGAUGUGGAAGGAGUCCUUUUCGUUUCUUUUUCCUGCAAGGAAGCACUUGAAGUUCACUUGGGAGACCAGCUGCAGACAGAGGAGACAAAAGCACCCCACAAAUCUCUUGAUGAUAUGGAGAAGAGAAUUACUAGUGAAUCUGUCCUAGAUACUGAACCAGAAAUUGUGGAAACUGAACCAGAAAUUAUCGCUCGACAAGAAAAGAGACUGCUUAAUGAUCUGAAGCGUUUCAGAUACAAGCAGGUUAUUCAUCCUGUGUUACAAGAAGUUGGAAUAAAACUGAGUCUUAUAGACCCAACCUUGGCUAUUGACCUACAGUGGCUUGGUGUGAAAUUGCCUUUGCCACCCCCAGUCCAUUUGACAGAUUCGCGUGAAUAUCCUGCAACUCAAGAUACAUGCUCAGAUGGAAACAUUCCUUUCAUCUCUAGGACAGGGAAAACAAAUGAUUUCACCAAAAUAAAAGGAUGGAGGGAAAAAUUUAAUUUGAACACAGAGGGUGCAUCCUCUAAAAGUGAGGGCCCUAGCUGCACUGAAGCUAUUUUAAAAAAUCGUUCUGCCUUCUGUAGUGACGUGUUGGAUGAAUACCUGGAGAAUGAAGGCAAACUAAUAGAUGAACGUGCUGCCAGCUUUUCUCCUGCUGUUGCUUCUUCACAAGUUGUCUACCAACUUCCCACCAAGAGUACAAGUUAUGUACGCACUCUGGACAGUGUUCUUAAAAAACAGGCACCUCCCUCACCCUUUCCAAGCUUAACAUUUAAACCAAUUCCUGCCUUACCCAAGAAACUAAAGCCAAUGCCAACACACACAAUUACAUCUAAGGUAGUUGCCUCAAAAUCAGCCAUAAAAAGAAAAAAAUUUUCCCAUCUUCACUCUAAGCCUGGGCCCAAGUCCUCUGUUAAUAGAAAACUUCCAGUACCCCACAGACGUUCUAAGCCUGGACCAAAGCCUAAACAAAUACAAAUAGCUCAUCUCUCUAUGUCACCACCUCCUGAGAUUAUUAAAUCUGCCUCGAGUGACAAUUUGGAUAUGGUAGAAAAUAUUGAUGUUGUGUAUUCAAAGCAAGAUGAAAACAUUUCAGAAAAGGCAAGUGUGAGUCCCCGUAGUGUGGGACUUGCAAAAUCUGUAGUGAAGCUUAUGGAUCUUGAGGAUGGAGCACGUUGGGAAGGGAAGACACGUACCUUUAUCACUGAGGAGCGUGCUGAAGUUGCUCUUAGCUCACUUCUCACAGCUCAGGGAACACUGAAAAGUAAACCGCCCUGCAAAAUCACCAAACGACGUACCCCUCCUUGCCUGAAUGAUUACUGUCGGUUGGGCUGUGUAUGUGCCAGCCUUGCACAGGAGAGGAAGAGCUCUACUCACUGCCGCAAACCUGAAUGCAUGUUUGGCUGUACAUGUCUGAAAAGGAAAGUGGUACUGGUUAAAACUGUAUCAAAGCGGAAGAAGUUGGUCAAUACAGCCAUCCGUGAAAAUCUUAUUUUUUAUGGUGCUCUUGGGGAGGAACAACAGACAGAGCCUGAAACUAAACCUAAAAAGAAGAAAAAGAGACGAAUUGAAUAUGCAAUCUCGGAACCUGAACCAGAGCCUGAACCAGUGCCCCGAGUUCUCAGCCUUUGGAACCGGCAGGAAGAAGAGAUUGAUCCAGAACCAGUGUUUGUUCCAGAAUCUUCACCUGUAUUACCACCUACAUCUCCUCCUCUGUCACCCAAAAUCAAGAGGGUGAAGUAUGCCAGUGGAAGAGGUUAUACUCAGAGUCCACCAAUGAAAGAUGAAGACAAAGAUCCAGUGUAUUUAUACUUUGAGAGCCUUAUGACCUGUGCCAGAGUCCGAGGAUACAGCAAAACUUCUCCAAAACCAUGUAGCAGUAUGCAGGGAGACAUUCUGCAGAACAUUAUUACACAAGAUGUUCAAGGUGAUAAAACGCAAUCUUUCCAAAAGGUGAAAAAUAAAAGAAAUGCUUUGAAUAAUGCGAAGAAGACAAAAUUAAAUACUUCAAUGCAGAGUGUCUCUAAAGAACCAAGAAAGCAGGUAGAGGUCAUCUCUAACUGUAACUGGGAUAGUGGACGUAGUAAAAUCCUGAAUACUCUGUCCCAGAAAAUGAAUAGUUCAGAUGAAAUUGAAUCUUUCAGUGUUGGUGGUUACAAUAUUGAAAGGGUGUCUCAGACAAAGAAACGUGAUGGCUCUGGACUGAUAAUUGUAUACAAAAUUCGGAUUACCCGUUCAGAAGGGGAUGACAUAGAGGCAGAACCUACAGAGGAGUGUGAAGAGGACCAAGGGCUAAUGAAAAAUGAAUUGAACAAGGCUUCUCAACAAGAAGAGCAGGAAACGGUUGUUAAAGAGCCUCCAACUGAACAACUUGCAGAGAAAGAACUUCCUGUGAGGAAAGCACUACCAUUAUACACAGGAGUGUCCCCAGCAGGCAUUCUUACAGCCAAAACAAAAGAUGCUGAUAGUGUUCAUCAAGCUGAUAUUGAGGUCAAUGGCAAAUCUUAUCCUCAGGCAAAGCUGCUGCUGGGUCAGAUGGGUGCAUUGCAUCCAGCAAAUCGACUGGCUGCCUACAUCACAGGUAGACUGCGUCCAUCCUCUUCAGAUUUGUCACAUCUGACUUUGUCUAUGUCCAAGAUGAAGGGAACUGAAAAGGAAAAUUCAAAGGAAGGUGUCAAUCCCAAAGAAGGUUUAUCAAAGCAUCAGCAACUUGUAUCAUCCAGUACUUUGGCAGUCAAUACCACGGUUCCUUCAGUCAAAGCAAGCAGUGGUGACAGCACUAACAAACAGCCUCAGUCAACCAAAGCAAACCCUGCCAAGAUUGCAACUCCACUGCUGACAGUACCUUCUGGAAUUAAAUUAGCUGAGCAGAAUCCUGGAACCCGCCUUCUUCUGAUUCCAGUUCAAUCUGGCGGUACUAAUGCAAAUACUUCCAGUGUACCUUUGGGCCCACCCCCAGGGCAGAAACUGAUCCUGCAGCCCAUUCGCUCUGCCACAGGGACCAACUUAUACCGCCACCCAAAUGGUCAGAUAAUCCAACUUGUCCCCCUGAAUCAACUACGAGCAGGCGUCUCAUCUAAUCCUCAACAAAUGAUAAUUCAGAAAACGGCGCCUGCGUUAACUGCACAAACAGCACCUCAGCAGCCUGCUUCUGAUUCUACAGUCACAACAAAGCCAGUAUUAAGUGCAGCUCUUUCUUCUGGAAAUUCUGUAAAGUCUGGAGUUGAGUCUUCAGUCUCUCCUCCUCCAGCAGAAACAACAAGCACAAAUACGGGAUCUCUGCCCUCUACUAUUUCUGUUAAUUCAGCUCCGGCAACACAGCAAGUUGCUACAUCCAGUUUUGUCAGCCAGCCCGGAACUUUAACUUUGAGAAUUUCUCCCCAGGGCUUAACUAAAGUGGUAUCAUCAGGACAAGAGACAAAAUUAAUCACCUGCAACUCUUCUGUAGAAGGUGGCAAUUCUACUGGUUUUCUGCCUUUGCAGGCUAGCAGCUUUGCUCUGCUUCAAGUUCCAAAAUCAUCUUCAACUCCUACAACUAAUAUUGUUCCAAAAGUUCAAGUUGAAAUUGAGAGGUGCACACAGGGAUAUAAGAAAUUCAUCCCUAUUGUUCCUUCAAACAAGCCUAAACUUCUAGAUAACACAGAAAUAAAAGAUGAACCAAAAACGAUUUCUAUACUAGCAUCAAAUGAGAAGAAAGAAGAGCAUUCAGUGGAAGAGGUCAGAACAUCACCCAUUGAAAUAAAUGAAAAAGACCUGAAGAAACCUUGUAAAUCAAAUGAUGAAAAGGUGUUCUCAAACAAGAUUGAUACUGCAACAGUUAGCACUAAUCACACGUGCAAUAGUGAUGAAAAUUCAAAUGAGGAUGCGAAGGAAACCAAAAUUGAUCACUCGUAUACUUCUUGUCAGGAGAGUCUUCAGGAAUCAAGUUGUCCUGUACCAGAUAAGACAACUAGUCCACCAACACACAGAUUCUCUGUUGCUAACAAGACCGUGCUAGACCUCAAAACUCAGCCUGUUCUGGUACUUUGUGGCAGUUCAAAAACUUCAGCUACAACCCUACGUGACGCUGUAGAGACCAAUGCUGAGAAACCUCAGGUCUGCGGGCAACAACCUGAUGCUUCGGACAGUGAUCAGCAUAUUGCAUGUGGCAGUCCUCUCUCUGAACAGAAAGAGGAAGGCAAGAGCAGAAGUGAGUUUUUGCAAGACUCUCUCGAAGAUUGCCAGGAUUUGACUGAAAAGUUGAGCAAGUCCGUUAAAGAAAAAAUGGGUGAUAUUUCAGAUGAUUGUUACAAGUCAGAGACUGAAGAUGAUCUGCGGAGUACAGAAGACAACACUGAUGAAUGGUCGGCGUCGAGUGAUGCAAGUUCCAUAGAUAUAGAGACUGUAGAGGAGCUAUCGGAGAAAAGCCGUAUUGAAAGGAUGAAAGACUCCAUUGCUGAUUUUAAACUUGACAAAGUCAAGAAAAAAGCAUUGGAAAAAGAUCCAGACAAAUUGCCAUCAGAUAGUAUGGAAGACCUACAGUACAGUGGCAGUGCUCAGACUUCUCCCCGUCUAAACCACACAGCCACAGAACGGAUGCGCCGCUUUGAAAUUCGGUUCCGUUUUGACAAGUUGAAAGAAGUGUUAGGUCUUCUGGAUCUACCAAAAGCAUCAAAGUUUUAUAUCCUAAAGCAGGCCUGUAAUGAGAUCCAAGCUCUUGUGGACCAGUGUGACCGCCUAGAAGCACAGAAAAAUCUUCUCAUUCAAAAGAGGUCUGUUCUUAUCAAGAAAACUGCUGUCUCCUCAGGUAAAACAGAAGAUAUGAUAUUAAAGAAACUGGAGUAUAUUUGUAGCAAGCAAAAAAUACUUGAAGCUCAAAGGAAGAAAGCAGGAAAGAGUGCAAGCACACUGUCUACUGCCAAGGAUACUGAGAAGACAAUACCAUCGCCAAAGUCAAUUUCUGAGGCAGCUUUAAGUAUUGACUGCUUGGCAUCCACUAGUGCUUCUCCUGGGAAACCUCUGAUUUUGUCCAAGAGAAAAUUACCUUCGAAGAGCACCAAAGAUGUCAUUUCUGGUCCUUCAAUGGCAGAAACACCCUUCAUCAAGACAUCAGCCAACAUCGCGCUUGCUUCCCAAGCUCAGUUUAUCUCCUUGAAUACUCCCUUGGUGUGUGUCAGUCCGGCUGGCUCUGCCGUGCUUCAGCCAAGUCCUCCUAACGUUGCUACGAAGAUAGAAGGACUGCCUGUCUCAUCCAUUCCAGGCAUAUCUUCUGUAACUAUUCAGCUACCAGGAUUGUCUCUUCCACUUCAGAUGAAGAACUGUGUUUCUGAUGUUGGGAAGCUUGAAGAAGCUGAGAAGAUUGAACAACCAGCAGAACAAGAAGGAAAUGAAGACUCUGUCAUGCCAACUAUAGUAAAUGUGACUUCAUUGGCAUCCAGCAAUGCCUUCUCUUUAAUGGAGAAUUGGGAAACUUCACUUAGUCAAACUGCGCCCAGUCCUCUGCUUCUCGGAGCUGAGAAUCAUGAAGGUCCACUACAGGAUUGUUCCCAUACUGUGAUUAAAAAUAGACAGAAUUCUGUUAAGCUAACCGAAACAAGUAAAGAGGACUUAUCUGAAGAUGAAGAACAUCUACAAAAAGAUCCCAGGCAAUGCAUUUCAAAAGACACAGUUGAACAAAAGAUGAAAAAAUGCACUAAAUUUCCUGACAAAGGCUUCAUACCUAGUCAGGGGGAGGAGGCCACAUCCGGCAAUGAGCAACCAGAGCAUAAACCUCUUUCUACCCUUUUAAAUGAAAUUGUAUUCUUAAAUCAGUUCAACAACAAAAGUGAAAAUGCUCAUUUGGCCAAAACACCGCUGGCACAAAGGACACAUCAGCCACAUGGGGGAAGGCUGAGUGAGGAGCAAGGCAGUGAAGUAGAUUGCCACAAACUGCAGGAAGAUGCUGAUGGAACACCUAGUCCACUGGUCCUCCAAUUAGACGAGGACACACUUGAAACCAGCCAAGGUGGAAAAACUGAGAAUGUGAACAAUUCCAGUACGCAGAACCCCUCGGACUGUGGACCUGAUUUAAACUGCAGCAGCAGCAGUGACACCCUAAGCCCUCCUCCCUUGCUGCAAAUGAAAGUAGGCAGCAACACUACAGGUGGCAAAGGAGAUCCUGACUUUUCAUGGAGGCCUAUGCCUCGCUUGGUCCCACUAGGACUCAAAGUUAGUAAUAAUUUGGAUUCUUCCAUUCAGAGCACUAAAGCCAUGCCAACACUGGCCUCUGUCUCUGCGGGCAAAGAAGCAACCCUGGCAGGCAGCUCCCCCUUCGCUCAGUCCUGCUGACAUCAGCAAUUUUCAGGGAAAACUUUUAGUAUAUGUAAAAAUAAGAAUAAGAACCUGUUAAUAUGUAUCUAUUUAUAAAUCCAAAAGUUCCGCCUGAUGUGCCUCGGAUGACCGGAGGAAGGAUAUUUGUUCAAAAGUUUGAGCAUUUAUAGCCUGAAGGUUUUCCUGCUGCUUAAGGCUUUUUUUAUGUCUGCCCCCAUCCUCCUUUCUACUUCUUGAAAUUUGUUUUCUCUUGUCUGGACAGUAAAAGCUGCUUUAAGAAUUCUCUGGAAAUGCUGUUUUUCUUUACUGUUUGAAAUGUUUACUUUAAGGAAUUAUGCUUUCUUUUCUCUCUCUCUCUCUUUUUUUUUUUAUUAUAUAAAUAAACAACUUUGUAGACUGCAGUAAAAGCCCUCACACAUUACAUAUGUGGAUACCACAGCCAUUCCUGUCCUAAGAAUUACUUUUAAUUUAUAGGAUUUACUUUAGGCUCCCACAAAAUGUGUCUGCCCCGUUUGAGAUUGCAGACAAAAUCUCUUUCCAUCCACUGGGAGUCUCAAACAUACCUAACGCUAUGAACACGCACUUACAGAGAAGGGCUGAUCUUUUAGUGUGUAGUGUGUUAUCAUGAACUGCCUGAGGAAGACGAGGAGUUUCCUUUCACUCUGGCCUUUACUAGGCAUCAGUUCUUGGUUGAAUUGAACCUUUGCUUUUUCUUAUGUUAUCGUUCACAUGCAUAAUUUAUUUUGUUACUUUUAUGUCUGGUGAGAGAUUAAUUUGUGGGCAAUUUCAGAUGGCUUUGAUACACUGUUACCCAUGUUCACCUUUCAGCCCUCUUGACAUUUGAUUUGUUUUUCUGUUGAUAUCAUCUGAAGCUUUGUAUUUAAUAUUACCUGUGUUAGUUUUGUAUAGUAGUCCAAUGUUGAUGUCUUUGGAAUCCACUUUUAUUUAUGUCUGAUUACUGUGUAAUAUUAGAGAACACCGAGUGAAACAGCUGCUUAGAGAAAAAUAUCAUCAGUUGUUCUCUUACUAGUGUUGAUGUACUGUUUGUUGUUUGUUUCAGUUCUGUCAGAAUCACUCCAAAUCAGUUUAAUUUGUAACACAGUGCAGCCUAGGGGAUUCCUAAAGGGCAAGCAUUUCUGUUACAGGAAAAUUCUGAAUGAGACCUGCAGGAGCUGCGUUACAGUAGGUCACUUUUCAGUUUCAAGAAAUCUUAAGUGAUGAUGGUGGGGAAAAUGAGAUUUCCUGUCCCAGUGCUGGUACUGUUGAUCAGGAGAGCCCACUGAGAAUUCUGUUUUACUCCAUUUACAGUAUAUAAAGCUAAUUCAGUGUAUUUAUGGUUUUGGUCAUAUCUGUGCCAAGGUGCUCUUCAGCUUGUUUCAGCUGCUUAAAGGUAAUGUGAAACUAAAAGUCUCUUGGCUUUCGAUCAACCUUGUCCUGAAACUGCAUGUUGUACAUUUUCCUGACCACUUCUCUUCUGCACGUGGCUUAUGUGCCAGAGUGUAGAUAUUGUUUAGUGUUUACUGAAGUGAUCAGCUUCCAAUGAUGAGGACGGUUCACUUCUCAAAGGAUCAUGCAGCCUUCCACAUUUCCCUUUCCCCGAGUCGUCUUUCAUGAAACAGAAUCACAGCCAAAUAAACUUCAGGAAAACUUUAGCUCUGUAUGUUUUUGUUUGAGGAGGGAUGAGGAGUUGUAAAUAUUUUUCCGCCAUUUUAAAUGCUCAUAAUGUAUAUUUCCAUUAUGGAACCCGUCAUUGGGUUUUUGUUUUCAUAGACCAGGCAGUUUUGCACAUUUCUGUCUGCUUUUGUUUCAAAGAAUACACUAUUUUUAUAACAUUGAUGAUACAAAUGAUUCAUUGCAUACUGGUGUCUCCAUAUUGUAGGCAAAAAAUGGAGAUUUUUGUGGCCUUCAAAUAAAAGAUUAUAAAACA